CAAACAUCACUGCUGGGCACUGGGCAGUGCGAAACUCCCAAUCGGCCGAGGGGUUUUCUCUUGCACUGAUUUUUCCGGCGAUGGCUGAUAUUGAAUCCGGCCUCUCAAAGCCAGACAUCAAGUUGUUCUGAACGUGAGCCAAGAACUCGACUCCCUGGCUGGUCGGUAAAAUUUGAUCUUGCCGGAAGUUCCCAUUGAAGUUGAUCUUGCCGGAAGUUCCCAUUGAAGUUGAUCUUAGGAGGCGGCGCCAUAAAUUGCUUGAGAAUUGCUUUAUUUAUCCUCCGAGAGUUCUUUCUUCUCAUUUCAACACUAUACCUAGGAGCUGAAAGAAAAUCACCAUCUCAAUGGAAGUUCCGGUUGAAGAGGCCAUUGCUGCCCUCUCCACAUUCUCAUUAGAGGAUAAUCAACCAGAAGUUCAAGGGCCAGGGAUCUGGGUUGCAGUUGAAGGAGGUGCCACCAGCAGCCCAAUCCAGUACAGCGAUGUGUCUGCAUAUAGGUUGUCACUUUCUGAAGACACCAAAGCUAUUAAUCAGCUGGAUGCACUUAUUCAAGAAGGAAAUGAAAUCACAUCUGUGCUCUAUACAUAUCGGAGUUGUGUCAAAGCUCUUCCUCAGCUUCCAGAAUCUAUGAAGCAAAGCCAGGCUGACUUAUACCUAGAAACGUAUCAAGUUUUAGAUUUGGAAAUGAGCCGGCUGCGUGAAGUUCAGCGAUGGCAGGCGUCAACAGCAUCUAAGUUGGCAGCUGACAUGCAACGUUUUUCAAGGCAUGAGAGACGAAUAAAUGGCCCCACUAUAACUCACUUAUGGUCCAUGUUGAAACUACUUGAUAUUCUUAUCCAACUUGAUCAUCUUAAAAAUGCAAAAGCAAGCAUACCAAAUGACUUUUCUUGGUAUAAGAGGACAUUUACUCAAGUCAGCGUGCAGUGGCAGGAUACAGAUUCAAUGAGGGAAGAAUUGGAUGAUUUACAGAUCUUCUUGAGCACCCGGUGGACUAUUCUUUUGAACUUGCAUGUUGAGAUGUUCCGCGUAAACAAUGUUGAAGACAUUCUUCAUAUUCUCAUAGUUUUCAUUGUUGAAUCCUUGGAAUUGAAUUUUGCACUUUUGUUUCCCGAAAAGCACAUUCUUCUUCGUGUUUUGCCUGUGCUAGUUGUCUUAGCAGCAUCAUCAGAAAAAGACAGCGAGUCGUUGUACAAAAGAGUGAAACUCAACAGAUUAAUUAAUAUAUUUAAGAAUGAUCCUGUCGUCCCUGCUUUCCCAGAUUUGCAUCUGUCUCCAUCAGCAAUGCUAAAGGAGUUGUCAACAUACUUCCCAAAGUUCUCCUCCCAAGCUCGUCUUCUGACUCUUCCUGCAACUCAUGAGUUGCCACAUCGCGAGGCACUUGAAUAUCCUUUACAUUGGUUAUGUUCUUGUUUACAUAUUUAUUAUUUUUAAAGAAUCAUCAUGGUGUGAUUUUGAGAGGUCUUUUUCUCCUCAAGGUUCCUGUUCAUUACUCUUGAGUAAAGAAAAGUCCUGGUUAUUCCAUUCUUUAGUUAUAUCCUGCUUCCCAAGGCUUUUAUUUUAUCCGCAUGGACUUAUAUUAUCAAUUAGAUGUUAAUUAUAAUCCUAUACAGCUAAAAGAAUGAGAUUUUUGGUAAGCAAAAGUCAUGACUUUAUACAUUCAAUAUAUCAUUUAAUUUGAUCUCAUUAAGUAAUAACAGGGUUAGAAUGGAUCAAAUGCUUGCUCAUAGGCACUUCUUAUUCUUCCAUUAGAAGACUGGGAUGGAUAAGGAAGAAACAUCUUGAUGCUCUUUAAUGAUAUGAUCCUACUAUUUAGUGAGAAAUGGAGUCUCCUAAAUUAAAGCUUGGCCAUCAUGUACGGACAACUAACAUGGGCUGUUGUGAUAUGCCUUUAUAAUCAUCAGGCUACUAAUUUGGACAAACAAUACAUGUUUGCAAUAUGCUUCUCAUCCGUUUCAGUACACAAUUUGGACGAAUGGUUAACCGGUUAGUUAACCGCAAAGCAAAUACUAGUGUUUCUAUUGAAGUAACUUAAAUCUUUUGUGUAUAUUAAUAUCUUUAUUUGAUAUGUUUCUUUUGUUUAAUACUCCCUUUGUCCCCCAUAGAUCUUCCCAUUAUGCGUUACGAGGCUUGAUAGACUUUAUUUUCAAUUCAAUUUACUUGAUUGUAUUUGUAGGUGUAAAAUUUAAAAAUAAAAUUUAUAUAGUAAAAAAUCACAUGAAAAAUUCUACAAAACAUGAGGUGACAAGACUAUAUUUUAUGAAAUGAGUAGUAAAAAUAAGCGAACAAAGGGAGUACUAUGUA